AUGGCUGCGUAUUCGGCACGAGUGGUAUACGGAUCUGCAAGCAGUGGAGGUCCCCGGAAAUUCCAGCAGGAUGUUCACCGUAAGCGUGGCAGUUCCGGACCUGCAGGGAGGCGGCCUGGAGAAGAACGCCAACGGACGGAAAAGCCAGUUGGCAGUGAGCGGCCAGGAGCUUUUGCUUCUGGCGGAGUUGUCCGUCCAGGGUCGCGAACUGUCCAGGAGGCUCGUCAUGACUCGCAGCCAGUCCCGGUUCCAUUGAGCCGCAUCCACGCGGCCCUGGAACGCAGACACCUGGAGCGGGCCAAGCCAAGGCGACAAGAGGAGCAAGGAGUCCAGGUGUUCAAGCACGGUGAGGAGCCUUUCCAAGAAGGCUUCGAUGACCACCAGCUACGACCCGCGUCCGGGGCAGGGUCACCUCCUUCGCAGGCACAGCCAGCGCAGACCUGGGAGGAUUCUCGGGAACGGGUUCGCCCAAGAACGUCUUCGGGUAACUGUGCUUCUGACGAUCGGACUGAACUGCCACCACGUCCCUCGACGCCCUGCAUGAACAGAGGCCUCGUUCACACCGAAGAGCCACCAGAGGUGAGAGUGCCUACCGGCAGCUCACCUUCCGAUGUUCAACCGGAGCUUCCACCGCGGCCCACGACGCCUUGUAUGAACCGGGGUGGUGAUGGAAUGCGGCGCAAGCGGACAAGUUCUGCCGGAAGGCCUGGAAGAGGUGUCCGCCCCGCAUCCGGAUCAGUGGGUUCUCGCAUGCACCAGCUGGAAAGUCGACUGUUGAGUGCGCACCAGCAAUCCGGUUCAGAGGCACCCGCCCAAGAGGCACCGCGUCAAGUUCGGCCCGCUUCUUCCGGGGGUCGCUGCCCCCAAGGAGCAGCACGAGUGUCUCAAAAGCUGGUGCAAGAGGCGAUGGAGAUGUGUCGACAAUCAAAGGCUGGUGGGAGCAACAGCGCCGCCACCAUGUGCAGCACGACGGCAGAUGGCACAGAGACUGGGGAGCCUGCAUCGCCGGCAUUGUCGCCACCUCCAGAGCGUCUCGAAAGGCCACAGGCCCCAACGCCUGAGCAAACGAACCACUGGUUGCAGGGUAUGGAGUGCAGUGCCGAGCCAGAAGCAAGCACGGAGCAGCCAAGCGCGUCUCUGCAGUAUCGCGUCGUCUCUCCAGCUCGUGGUUCAGACGAGGAUGGCUCAGCUCAGUGCAUGCGUCCCAGAAGCCCAACUCCAACGAAAAUGUUGGCUUGGGGUGAGGAGCAGGACAGUACCCCAAGUGGAGGACCCUCCUCGCGGCCGUACGGCUCGCCAGCUAGCGACGAAGAUGAUCCUUUCGGACGAGGGGACCAUUCCGACGGCCUGAUCAACCGGCUAAUUGAGGCCUGUCAGAUGGACGACGUUCGUCGGGCCUUUGGCAUCUACGAACGGUUGCGCAGAAUGGAAGUCCCGCUCUACGAGGGCGUUUACAAGCUUAUCAUCGAGUGUUGCACCCGCACUCAUCAGCUCGGCCAUGGCAUCCAGUUCUACGAGACGCUGAAAAGCUCCGGGCAGCGCGUCUCCUCACGGCUUCUGAUCGUUCUGAUCGAGGCAUGUGCCAGGGAGCAGCACAGCGACAAGGUGUAUGCGCUCUGGCAGGACUCUUGCCCAAGAGGCGAUGAGAUUGAUGCGAGCCAGUACGAAGUGUUGCUGGUGACCCUAGCAUCCUUGGUCCGCACAAUGAGCCCUGACCUAGCCCUGGAGAUCUUGCGUGACACCCUGCAAAGGUAUCGAACUGCUGUGGCCUGGCUGGUGGAGUCACAAACGCAGGUCAAGGAUCUCCUCCAGCUCGUGGUGAGCGCUGCCAGCGAGGCGCAGCUCGACCGAGCUGGGCAAUUAGGCCACGGUCUCCUGGCCAGCUACAGGGGCCUCGAGGAAAUGCUUCAGUGGCUUUUAGAAGAAGCAGAUCGGCAGAUGCUGGCUUUUCCAUGCAAGAACCCGGCUCUUGGCUCGGAGAGCCCCACCAGCAUCGCCACGCGACCGCCAAGUGGCCGAGCGGGCACCGGCUUUGCCGUGGAGGAUGAGAUGCUGUUAAUGGAGGACGUCGAUCUCGAUCUGGAGCUGGCUGCAAUGUGA